AUGGACCGUCUGCGGUCGACGUUCAAACGGUCGCGGACGCCGACGGGCGCGGAGAUGAAGACGCAGAACAGCCUGGAAGUGCCCAAGCAGGUGCGAUCGGUGUCGUUCGACGAGAUCAAGCUCGGGUGCGCCAAACGGGACGAUGACGUGCGCAGGGAACGGUCUGCGGCGACGGACGGCGGCCGUUCGUCCGGGGCGUCGUCGUUGCGCGUGCCCGCCGGCGGCGGCACCGGCACCGGGCAACGGUCGCGAAGCUUCGACUCGUCCGCCGCGGUUACCGCCACCGCCGCGGCCGUCUCGCCAUCACCGUCGGGCGACCGUGACCGCGACGACCCGGGCGUCUACCUGGAGGUGCCGUCGUCCAAGCACCAGCUGUUCCACCGGCGCCGUUCGUCCGGCGAGAAGGUACCGGCCGCCGCGGCGUGCGUGCACUGCGCCUAUCUCGAGGAACUGUCGAAAAUGAACAGAUCGUCGUCCGGCGACGAGAAUCAGAGCCAAAGGUCAUUCACGUCGACGUCGGCCAGCGAGGACAUGGAGGACGAGGACGACCGCGCAUGUCAGAUCACCGUCACCGUUGAGCCGGACGUGCUCCAUCACGCACCGGUCGUGGCCACGCUAAACGGACUUAUGAUUGCCACGCCAUCGUUGUCGUCCACGUCUUCGGUGGAGUCGGACGAGGCGGCCGUCAAAAGCCCGCUAACGUUGGAGCUGACGCCGCCGGACGAGUACCUGCAGGGCAACCGACGGCGGUCGAUCACGUCACCUAAACUGGAGCGGCAGGAGGCGUUCGCAGUCAACGACAUCAUGGACCCGGCGGUCGUGCGUGACCUGUUCCUCACGGUACCGGACCUGAAGCGCGACCGGGCCGCCAGCAUGGACUCGUGCUUCAUAAACAAACCCACGCCUGCCGGCAAACCGGAAGAAGUGAUGCCCGUAUCGCCCACGCAGCUGCUUGACCCCAACAGCGGUCAACCGGCCAACAAUCUCAGGUCUCGAUCCGUGGACAUCGUCUUGCCCACCGAUCAGCAGGCCAGGUAUAAGGCGCUGUCCACCAACAAUCAGACGUCUCCGCCGUCCGCCAUGCCUGCACACAAAGUGCCGCCUGAUAAGGGAGCUACUGGAGCUGAUGGCAACGAAAAACUCUUGAAGAUCGUGCCCGAUUGGACGGAAGAGGCCGCCAACGAUGAUCAUCUGUGGUCCGUGACGUCCCACAACGUAGACUUCUGCUACAUCGGCGAGUCCGAAUGCACGAAACACGGAGUGCGUCUUAAAUGUUCCGCGUGUCGUAUAAUCGUGCACUCGGAAUGUUUGAGCAAUCUACCGGAAGCAGCCAAGUGCAAAUCGAGCUUCAAAGACGACGGUGUGCGACAGUACAGGGAACACAAAACAGUCAAACACCAUUGGAUGCACAGGAGAACACAAAAAGACAAGUGCUCGCAAUGCGGAAAAGCGUUCCAGUCGGUACUAUCAUUCAGCUCGAAGGAAAUCAUAGCUCUCACGUGCUCUUGGUGCAAGCUGAGUGUCCACAACAAGACCGCGUGCUUCAACGAUACGAAAAUGAAUGAACCCUGUACCUUAGGUAAACAUAGCAAUAUCAUUGUCCCUCCGUCGUGGAUCGUUAAGCUACCGCGGAAAGGCAACUUCAAGUCUAGCAUAAGAUCGCCGAAAAAACGAUCGUCCAAGAAGAAAACGAAAGAUAAGCCCGACAAAGAAGACAAGUUAUUCGUGAUCAAACCGAUCCCGACGCUGAACGUCAAGCCUGUGAUAAUAUUUAUUAACCCCAAGUCAGGCGGCAACCAGGGUGUGAAGCUGCUGCAAAAGUUCCAAUGGCACCUGAACCCCAGACAGGUAUUCGAUCUCAGCCGCGGUGGUCCCAGAAUGGGCUUGGAACUGUACAAGAAGGUACCGAACCUCCGGGUGCUGGCGUGCGGCGGUGACGGCACUGUCGGAUGGGUCCUGUCAAUCCUGGACCAAAUAUCCAACGCUGUGUCGUUUCCGGUAGGCGUGCUACCGUUGGGCACAGGCAACGAUUUGGCCAGAGCUCUUGGUUGGGGAGGCGGUUAUAUGGAUGAACCGGUAUCAAAAAUAUUAACCAAUUUAGAAGAAAGCGAAACAGUACGGUUGGACCGCUGGAACUUGGAUGUGGUACCCAACGAAAAUGUUAAGGGAACUGACUACGCUGGAAACGAAAAUUUGCCAUUAAACGUGAUAAAUAAUUACUACUCGUUGGGAGUAGACGCUCAGAUCGCACUUGAAUUUCACGAAGCUAGAGAGGCUAAUCCGGAAAAGUUUAGUUCACGAAUGUACAAUAAGUUAUUCUACGGCGUCAGAGGUGGCAUCGAGUUGCUGGAUCGCAAGUGGAAAGGUUUAUCGGAAAUGGUAUUAUUGGAAUGCGAUGGCAAAGACAUGACACAACGGAUCAAAGACUUAAAAGUACAUGCCAUAUUGUUCUUGAACAUUCCCAGCUAUGGCGGAGGCACACGACCAUGGAACAAAUCGGCGGGCAACAAUGCGACAGACGACGGACUUAUCGAAGUCAUCGGUUUAACGAUCAUGCAAAUUACCCGAUUGCAAACCGGAGGAACAGGGACACCUCUAUGCCAAUGCAAAACCGCUCGCAUAAUCACCAAUAAAUCGGUACCCAUGCAAGUGGACGGUGAAGCAUGCCGUCUAAAACCGUCUGUAAUCACCCUAGGGUUUUUCAAUCAGGCGUCUAUGAUGGCUAAACGACGAAAAGGCAGACAGACGCCUACUCGAGAAACUACUAUCGAUAAACGCAAAGUAUCUGUUCAAAGACUAAGGCUUCAAGAUUACGAGCAACAUCACUGUGACAAAGAACUGCUCGUCCAAUCAUCUAUAAAUAUGGGUGAAAUCGAAGUGGAGCCAAUUGCGGAUUUAGAAACCGUGCGCAAUUUGGUCGAAAAAUUAGAACUGAACAGCGGCUUAUCAAAAGAUCACGUGGGCAACGUCAUGCCGAAAUUAUCGCCAGACUGGUGUUUCGUCGACUGUUGCACGGCUGAACGGUUCUUCAGGAUCGACCGAGCACAGGAAAGCCUUCACUACCUUAUAGACAUCACACACGACCAGUUGUUUAUAUUAGACGAUCCGCAAGGGCCGCCUUCUACAGAAGAAGACUUGACUGUGGUUCUGAAAGCAAAAGAAUCUUCCGAAGAUUUAGGAGCACAAGACAUGACAAGCAUGCUGGUUAAAUCGGAGGUAAAUCGAUUGGAGAAUAUCACAAGACAGUCGACGGUCGCGUUUCAACAAAAUGAAGCAACGACCAAUGAAUGCAAUCAUUCCAUGAGAGCUAGUGAUGUAUACAGUCGUCUAUUUAAUUUACAAUCAAAUGAAGAUAACCAUUACAGUCAAGUACGAACUUCUGAUAAAAUAAUCGAAGCGGCUAAAACAGGGAACUUAAACAUGCUGAGAAAUCUAUUCGAAAUGGGUUACUCUUUGAUGUCCAUCAACAAAGAUGGGCAAACGGCAUUACACGUAGCAAGUCAGCGCGGAGAUUCAAACCUGGUGCGGUACAUACUGGCCAAUGCGCCGUCGAACAUUGUUUCAAUCAAAGACAAUCAAGAGGGACAGACAGCUCUGCACGUGGCCGUCAAAAACGGCGAACGCAAGAUCUGCUACCUGCUGGUGUCGGCCGGGGCGCCGUUACUGGCUGUCGACAAACACGACCGGACCGCUCAACAGAUUGCCGAACAAACCCGAGACUACGACCUUGCCAAGUACUUGGAAUACAGAAGACAAGACGUCGAUUUUACUUAAGGAUUUAAACCGAUACACGGCCAAGCUCAGUUCGUAUCUUUUGCGGACCAAACAGAGACGUCGGUCUAGACGGACUUCUUCGGAAUACGAGUAGACAACGUCAAAAAAAAAAAAAAAAUAUUUUAAUUCAUAAAAUUAUUGAAUUUCACAUUUUAAUUAUUAUUUUUUGUAAAUCCUAUAUAAUAAAUACAAUAUACACAAUUAAAAGUCUUCGGAAGAAGUAUAAAAAAAGCACACUAAGUCAAUUAGAAAAAAGAGAAAUUAUAUUUCAUGUCUUACGUACGUUUUAUUAUUAUUAUUUUUAUUAUAAUUUUACUUACUCGUUCGUCGCAGAUGAAUUUAAACGCAUUGUUUUCUUCGUCGUAUUUACAUAUUGAUACAAACCGUGUUUAUCGUAUUACACGUUUGAACGCUUUGUUUUUUUUUUCUGUUUUGUUUUUUAAAUUCAAGGCCUUACGUCUUUUUAUGUAACACACAAAUUCGCCACGACAAAACGACGCAUACACGUCAUACACCACGAGUUUCCUCAAAACCAAAUUAUACUUCGUGAUAAAAUGUUCUCCACCGCAACACUUGUAUUACACUUUUACUGGUCUUGAUUGCAAAAUCGUUAAAUUGCGACCAAGCUUUGCUCAUAUUCGUACACUCACUAAUAACGCACUCGCGACGAAACUCAUCAUCUCGGAAUAAUGAUCGUCGAGUACACGUGAGGUCUUUUAGGUAAAUACACGUACAGUUCAACCCCCUCAUCCUUAUCAUCGUAAGUUAUUAUGCGUUUCCCGAGGUUUUCUCCUCGUCUCGCUCGUACACUACCGAACGUCUGUGCCCGUCGAAGUCGGAAUUCGAUUUCGUUGAAAUUCAUUUUGACGAUAAACGUAUAGUGUCCGCGAGAGAAAGAUGCCAUGCUCAAGAUCGGAACUUUGACUUGUUAGAAAAACCAAUGAAACUAUUAAGACGCAUAAAUCGUCUGUGCUCUUCGCCGGAACCCCGAAACAACAAUCGUGUUUUCAGCCAUCCGUUUAGAUACGAUCUUAGCGGCGACUUGGUCGUAUUAUUCAUGCACAGUUAGCCGUACACACGCGUAAUUAUCAGCAACGGUGACUAUAAUAUUAUUUAUUACACGAACGGAAUCCAUUUUUUUAUCCAUUCCCGUGCCGCGUCAGCCCGGAACAACGGGACUUUUGGCCGGAAAUUGUGUGCCUGCGUUUCCGACGUGUACCUGUCCCGUGCGCGGUCGUCGAACAAAAAUUCGCACAUGCCACGCGAGUGGUGGUACACGAUAACGUCAUAAGGGAUGACACCAGUUCCGGUGACCGGUGUAUCCGAACAUAUUGCUUACAUUCCCUCGUUUCCAGCGCACGCAGCAUCAAGACGAACGAUGUAAUAAUAUGCCGUAUUAUUAUCAUGUAAAUUCGAGCGGGUCGUUCGCGUCGUCUGCGCGCGGCCGAGGAAUGACGCGCGUAGUUGAUCGGAAGGAAAGAGGACGAGACGUAGGUAUGCGCGUGUAACAUUAUCAGCAGACCGUGUAUACUGUAUACAACCUACACACACCACUCGGAUAAAAUCAAUACAAAACGUUGAAAAUAAACACAUUAAUAUCGUUAUAAGCGAAUACAUUAUUAUUACUAUUACUAUUAUUAUUAUUAUUGUUAUUAUCAAACGGUCUCGUCGUCGCUCCGUCGCGUAUUUAUUAUACCUAUGUAUUUUUAUACGAACGCGUGUAUAUAUAUAUAUAUGUAUAUAUUAUUCGCGAGUCUUUCGAAAAUACCAUUCGAGCUUAUCUCUGGCUCUCUCUCUCUCUCUCACACACACACACACACACACUCUCUCACCCUCUAUCUUUAUCUCGGCGAUACACACAAACUUCACGGUGGUUCCUCCUGCGGCGUGUACGCAUAACCAUGUAAUAUACCUACCCCUGCUAGGGAUUUUUUUCGAUUCUCGGCACUUGUGUGGGAGUGUUGUACCUCUAUACAUGCGGUCCACCGACGCGACUAUGAUUAUGUCAACAAUGCUCCGGGGUCUUUGAAAAACACAAAGUUUUAUAUAAAACUCGUCGGAGCUUUUACUUUAAUUUCAUUUUCUUAUUUUUUUUUUUUUUUAUAGUUCAACGAAAAACGAGAAAAUUCCCGAAGGCAUCCGAUUCUCGUAUACAAUAUUAUAUUAUCAACUGUAUAUAUAUAUACAUACAAUAGGUACCUAUUACUACGCUUCACCUCAUUCGAGGCUUCAGGUCUGACGACAAAUUGCGCGUGUACCACUCACCCACUAUAUCGUACCGGUGUGACCGAUGUGCGAUAAGAAACGAAAAACGUGCUCGAAUCCAUUCCCUAUGCAGUAGCCCGACCCAAAUCAUAUUUCAACCAUUCAACUAAAAAAAUUUCAACAGUAAAAAUACCUAAUAAUAAUAAUAAAUGUCGUAUGAAUCCUUAAACCGCGAUCACCGAUCGAGAUACAAUAAGUCGGUUAGUGCGACAGCUAACGUAUCGACACGAUUCUGCGUGGGAAUUGGAUACGGUUACGUGAAUAAUAUCAAUAACAACAUACAAUAUUUUUUACUAGUCAAUUCGGUACCAUCAUACGUGAUCCCUGUUAUAAACGCAUACCUAUAAACAAUAUAUCUUAUACGAUUCGAAAGCGCGACAAAUAUGGUGAAAUGUUUGAUAUCCUUUUCUCAGCCCCCGAUACAAUCCGUGACAACGUUUCUUUUCUUUUCGGGUAAAUAAUAAAGUUAUUGGUGUGUAGUACAAUUUUCAAUGGAAUCAAAACUUUCUAACUUUUCCUAACUCUCUCUCAUUAUCUCACUUUUUCUCCACCCCUUCACCGUAAACCAAAUCCCUUAAGUGACGUAAGAAAACGGGCAUGAGGUGAUGUCGAUUACGUGACUUACUAACGAAAUUAGAUGACUAGAAAAAAAAACAUAAUAAAAUUAAUAUAACUAGUACAUGAAACACAUUUUAACAAAUGUUGGUAAAUAGGCAUUUUCUAUAUAAUAUACUUUGUAGUCCGACUUGAUGUUAUAGGAAUAUAAUGACUCCGUUAAAUAAAACAAAAAUACGAGUAAUUCGGAAUUAUAAAAAAAUAAAAAUAUAAUA